ACGCCUCAUGUUAAAGGUGAGGGGAUGGAGAAUCCACGCCCGAUUCCACCAGCCGUUCUGUCAGUGUUUCAUAGAGGUGUAAGGGCCUCUCGGUCUAUAUCAGCUCAGGGAGCUCGACUGCGGGGCCCAGGAGAGGUAUCCCCUUUUUCAAUCGGCUCUAUAUCCUCCUAAACACUUCAGUUAGUGCAAGUUGCACCUAGGCGACGAGCGUUACUGAUCUUUGCAAACUCACCGACCUUAUCGGCAGUUUGUUUCUUUACACCAUUCUACGCCUCACCUGAAAUCAACUUCUCACUUUCACCAUUACAACGGGACAUCUCCUGCGAUCAUGUUGAAGAGGUUUAAGAGACACAGGGAUAAGCGUCCAAACGUUCCAAUUGACAUGGCGCUCAAUGCGGCACCCGUGCCCACUUCCCCCGUACCUCCUACUCCCAAAACGCCAUAUCUUGGAAGUCGGCCGCUGCCCUCUUCACCGGCUGGUACUUAUCAGUACAACGUGUUCCCCUCAGGCUCAUCGGUAACUUCGAACUCAGUGUCUUCUGCUGCUGCUGUCUCUGAGGUUCAGGCGCCACGGCCUCGUUAUCGAAGAACGAUUUCCGUGACGCCUUCGUCUCGCAUCGCGACACCUCUGACGGCUGGCAUUCCGAUAUCUGCACCCUCAUCGCGCGAAGCUGCUCGGACAACUCGUGCUUUAGCGUCAAGUGGGGAUCCUGCUUACCUUCCUUUCAAUCCAGUGUCAUCGCGCGAAGCUGCGCCGCGUAGUGGGACUACGCAUCCUGAAACAUCGAGUGGAGAUCCUGCUGACUUGCCGUUCAAUUCAAUAGCAUUUCGUGAAGCGCCACCACGAUCUGGGACCACGCAUCCUGUAGCAUCAAGCAGAGAUCCAGCUUACCUGCCCUUCAAUCCAGUGCCUUCGCGUGAGGUUAUGUCGCGGUCCGGGACCAUGCAACCUAUAACAUCGAGUGGUGAUCCAGCUUACCAAGCGCCACCACGCUCUUCGACUGCUCAUUCUACUAUCUCGAGAACUAACAGGGCACCAUCUGAGGCUGUGCCGAGGGGUACCAACUGCCCUGUAUCUGUGUCACCACCCCAUUCUUCUGAACGACCAAUGCCGAAGUCAAUUCUGAAGUUACCGAAAACGCAUCCCAUGCCGUGCAAAACGCCUCUGCACCGGUUAUUAUUGCCAUACAAUCCUGCGUCGCAUGGUGCUGAGCAGAGGCUUAUAUACUGGGACGUCGGGACAGAUGCUGACUUCGUGCGAGAUUGUACCCGCUGGCCUCCAACUGCAUUCAGCAGGAAGCAGCUUGAAGCAAGGAAAGCAUCUGUACUUGGUGAUCAGCUGACACACAUGACGAUCACUUGCGAACGCUUGCCUUUUUUGGAGAUCUAUGUUGACAAUCCACACGGUAUCACUUGCAAGGAUGUGUUCGAAGCAAUAUACAAGACUCUGAAUGUAAAGCUUACCGAGGAGCAGAGAGUACACUGGGAACGGCUGCAGAGGAGGAGAUCAGUGAAAAGGGUGGAUUUACUCGGAGAUGUCAAGAUCUUUAUGGGUUUGCAGAGGCAUACAGAUGAUUCGAACCCCAAUUGGCAGCUAAAACUUGGUCGGUCCGACGAGAAUUGGAUACACCGUUAAUUGUAGUGAAUACAAUGGGUGAGCUGCUUUCGCUCCUGCAUACCGCCUCUGGCCUGCCUAAUCACGUCUGUAUCAGCACUUGAAGUUGAUUUGAACUUACUCCCCAUGUCCACCUUCCUUUGAUAUACUAAUUACUUUCCUGGACACUAACGACCUUUCUUUCGUCACGACCGAAGCCCACGCCACCAUUCAGGACCACCCCUCACUGUAUUUCAUUUGUCACGUUGCUUCAAUACUCACGAGACGUCCGUUGCCUAACGUUUUGUAUUUCUUUCGCCUUGUAGCAAUUCCUUUAGUUUGAUCUGGAGAUUUUGUAAUGCGAUAACCGUUUGUCCAUCCACAUAGGCACCCGACCGACUGUCCUAAAAUGCAUCAUAAUUAUGCAAACAAAGACCAAGCGGCAAACGAUUCAAACACACAAGGCGCGAGAAUCAGCUCAAAAUUUGACCU